CAGGAGCAUCUCCUGUAACGUCUCUGGCACGACUUUGUAUAGAGCUCAGAAGCGCAGGUGGAACGAGCGCGCCAUGAUUCCCCGGUAUGCCAACCCGUACAAUACACACCAGUCGACCGUCCACGUCUCCCGUGCGGAGCUAGCUCACUCUGACGACGAAGAAGUCGAGCCUACAAGCGGCGGAGAGCCCCACAAGAGAAAGUUGGAGGAGCUAGAAGCAUUGCUAAAGUCAUCGCUCGGGGAAGUGCAAGACAUUGCCUCGGAUUCGAAAAGGAGGAAACGUCGGAAGGUCGAAGCACCAGCCGACAGUGAGAGUGCUCAGGCUAUCCCGUUUCGCCUCGUAUCUCGCGUCUUGCCGCCUCGGCCGGUUAUGCUUCAACCCCUGCGGCCUGACAUCCCUCAUGCUGUUAAAGAAAGGCCAUCCGAAGAUGAUCAACACGAAGCCGAACAGCGCAGGCAGCGCGCCCUAGUCGUCGCGGUCGACUUCGAACAGGUCGUCCGCGAGUCGACGAUAGCAUAUAGCUCUACUGGUAAUCGACCUGACAAAGUGAUAGAAGUACAAGCGCGAUUACCCUCUCCUGCGCCUCCAAUCAUGAUCACGGAGAGACCAAGACCCUGCCCCUUACCACCGACGCUCAGCCAUGCUACACGCUUCACAGCAUCUUUACAGGUUGUGCAAGCUGAGCUGGGGCUACUGGCGAAAGCAGCACCGGUGGUCGAGAUUGCCGCUCAAUCCCACCCUCCAGGUCGCAAAUCACGUCGCGCUAGGAGAAAGUGCGCACAACAGCCCAGACCACCUCCCUCGUUCUGGAGACCUAACAUAGAGUGGGGAGGGAAGAGCCUUGGCUACGCGAUGGGCUACGAGGGCAGCUUACCGAUCCGAGAAGGCGAAGUACGACAAUAUGCUAGAGAUACUAUGCGCAAGGCUGUAUACGCCGAUUGGGCCGGGAAAGCUGGGUGACGCGUGUAAAUAGCACCUUCUCUCUUGACCCCUGCACGUACUUUCCAAGUCAUCGCAUCCGUCGAUCAAUCCUGAGGAAUACACCUCACCAUUUUUCUUGUGUCAUGAAGGCUUGUUCCAGCCCCCGGCCCCUACCC